CUUUGUUCGAAGACCCACAGGAUGUCGUGGCUAAGGGCAACCGUGGCGGUGGCGCUGGUGACGUUGGCGGCCGCGGCUCCGUCCAACAGCACGAAACAGAUAGAGAAACCGGGAUGGCAACCUCGACUGCUGGGACAAAAACAACACGUGCACGGUGCCUUCAUGGAACUAUAUUUCUCCGAGGAUGGCACCCUGGAUUACGCGGACCGAUGGAACUUGUACAUCUCGAGCUUUGAUCCUUUCGGCGAAGUGGAUGUAGAGUACCGCAUGAAGUCCCCGGGUCGUUUCCUGGACGAUAUCUCCUCGUGGAACAUCCAGGUCAUGGAUGAGACUGCCGUGUGGCCCAACAACCCUGAUUAUCUCCCCAGUUCUGUAGCAGGCGCCGAGGGCAUCAUCUGGACUUCGGGCUUCCUCAUGCCUGGCAAGACCGACGGGCAACUGCAGAUGUACGAUACUACGAAGGACCCUGCUGAUGGACCUUACAACAUCGCUAGCAAUGAUGAUGGGAAGUGGGCCUACCAUCGGGUGAUUUGGAAGGACAUGGACUUGGACGGCGAUUUAGAUGCCCUCACAGCGCGAUUCCACAGACCACUCAUAGGUACCACCCAGCACGACCUUCUGUGGUUUGAGAACGAAGGAACGGGUUUCAGUGAGGGGUGGAAGGAGCACGUAAUAGCCAGCGACGGGCCAGACAUCCACUUCGACAUGGUGACCCUCAACGCCGGCGGGAGAGACUACAACUGUAUUAUCGCUGGCGAGUUCUUCAGCGAGAGGAUUUCCAUCUACUGGACGGAGAGCGAGGUCGACGAUUGGAGUGACCCGACGCUGGUGAAGUCUCGUAUCAUCAACUCCAACGUCCAGCCUUUUGACGUGUUGGUGGAGGACUUCAACCGCGACGGAGUUCUGGAAUUCCUGGUCACGGAGUUCAGGAAUGACCUUGGAAUCGGCCAUGUCUCGGUGUACCAAUUCCCGGAGGAUUUCAGGACGGACGAUUUUCCUCAUUUCAAGAUCGCCGACGGUUUUCUCCCGAACCAAGUGACGGGAGGGCAGACCAUGUCGCCGGGAACGCCCAAGGUCUACUACCCUAACGCCGCCUACGCUGAAGAUGUGGCCGAAGAUGGGAUGCCACACAAACCGUACAUCCUGUUAUCCGGAGAUGAUGACGGUCGCUUCUACGUGUUGUACCCUACGUCUGAAGAUCGUAAUGACUGGGUUUACGAUAAGAACAUCCUCAUAGAUACAGAGGACAUCAUGGUUGGUAAGAUGGCCCACGGUGACCUAGACGGAGACGGCUACGAGGAGGUCAUCGUGGCAGGCUACGCGGUGAAUCAGCUGUUUGUCUUCACGUACGCUCCUUGAAACGUUUUUGAGGCGCAACAGUCUUGUGUCGAUACGUUUUUGAGGCGACGUUCGAAUGUUUGGUGCUUUAUUUUUUUUGUAUUGAUUUGAUCAGUUAUUUAUUUAUUUAUUAAUUCAUGUAUUUAUUCAUUAUCCUUUUCUUAUUAAGCUCAGUUGAUUAUUUAUUCUAUUAAUAAAUAAUUAAUCGCA